AGUGCAUGACAACAAUUUAACGAUUUUGAUUUUUGAUCCAUCAAAAUCAAAUAAUAAUCAUUAUAACUAUAUAAAAAGAAAGAAAUCAAGUAUUUAUUCAAUAAAAUAUGCUCAUUUAUAUUACUGUAUUAUAUUUUGUUUAAAUGGACAUUAUGUAUUCUAUAAGCUUAUUGAUUUUCUACUAUCUAAUUAAGAUUUAUUAUUCAGUACAAGGAAAAGUUUACACUACAACAUCUAAAAAGCUUCUACCAUAUUAUUAUUAUAUCAAUUAUCAAAAACCUUAUUACUAUUAUGAUUAUUAUUAUUAUUCCAAUUAUUUGAAUCAAAGAUUAAGUAAUUAUGAUUAUUCAUUAAAUCAUUAUCUUCCAUCUUAUCAAAGAUCAUAUUCUAAAAUGAAUUAUUUAAUUAUUCCUGGAAUUGACAAAUUUAAAACUAUUGAAAGUGAAACAAUGAAACAUAUAAAAGAAUUUACUGAAAUUACUACAGAACAUAAAAAAUAUGAUCAUAUUUUACCUUUAUCUAAUGUUAAUGAUAAUAAUAAUCAUAAUCAUAACAUUGAUAAUGAUAAAAGUCAAUUUGAUAUAAAUAAGUUUAUCAAUCCAAAUCAGAAUAAGAUUAAUGAUUAUUCUGUUGAUUUAUCUAUGGAGAAUAAACAAAUAGAAACUUUAUCAUCAAAUGAAAAGUUGAAUGAAAUAAAUCACCAAAAAUAUGAUAUUUCACCUAGAAUGAAUCAGAAACAAGUAAAUAAUAGUAAUAUAUUGUUAUAUAAAUAUUCUCAUAAAGAACAAGAUAAAGUAGCUGCUAAUAACAACAAUAACAACAACAAUCCGUAUGUGUCAAAGCAUGUUGAUAUUCAAUCAAAUGAAAAAUUUCUAUACAAUAAACAGAUAAUUAAAAGUCGUCAAUCUUCAAGUUAUAUUAUUCUUCGUCCACGGAAAAUAAAGUAGUGAUAUUGAUGAUUUUUUUUUAUAAAAUAUAUUCACUGACCAAUGGUUAUUAUCAUAGUAUGCUGAAUUUUGGACAGGAACCUGAUGUGUAAUAUUGAGGGUGAUCAAUGAGUGUAGACAAACAGUCAAAUUAACCUACUAAUUAGUAAAUAUGUGAUUUCCUUUCUUGUUAUUGACUUAUUGAGUGUGACUGCUGGUAGUUGUAUUGAAUAAAGUAUUAUCUAGUGUUAUUUCGGUUCUCUAUUCUGGGUUGGGAAUCCUGGAUCUGACAUGAUGUGAAUAGUCUCAUUAUCGUGUUAACAUAUUAUCUUAAUAUACCUUAGAAUUGACCAACAGGCAGGAUUCCGUAAGGAUAGAUCGUGUACAGAC